GGAUUGAAUUUGGGGAGCACACAGGGAUCAGUUGGUGUCGUAAGAUAACCCAUACAAGUGGCUUGGGUUCUUCUCGCAAAUCAACCGUCGCAGCUCCAGCUUCCGGUUCUUCUCGGCCAUGGCAAUGGCAAUGGCCAUGGCUGUCGUUCGUCCUUCACCAUUUCUAGGUCACAUCGAUUUUGGCCUUGGAGGCUUGUCAUGCAGAAAACAAUUCCCUACUCCCAAUCAAACAUCUAGAAUAAAGGCACUCUUCUGGGAACCUAAGAAGGCUGCAGAUCCUCCUGAAAUGUAUCUCUCUUUAGACAGCUUCACAUCAACCAAAAUUAAUGUGAAGGAAGACUCAUCAAACGCCGAGAAAGCUAAACAUAUAUCAGUUUCUGUAGUCUCUUCAAUUUUGGAAGUUCCAUCUGGUGAUUGGGAUGAGUGCAGUCUCGAUGCUACUGGUCCAGAGCAAUUUAAUCCUUUUCUUUCUCAUGGGUUCCUUUCAAGUUUAGAGGAGUCAGGUUCUGCAGUGAAGGAAACAGGAUGGCUUCCACGGCACAUAGUUGCACAGGAUGAAGAUAAAAAUAUACUAGGCGUGAUCCCACUCUAUCUUAAAAGUCAUUCAUAUGGUGAAUAUGUUUUUGACCAUUCAUGGGCUGAUGCCUACUACCGUUAUGGUUCGAGGUAUUAUCCAAAGUUACAAUGUUGUGUACCUUUUACUCCUGUACCUGGUCCAAGGAUCUUAGUGCGGAACACGUCAAACAAAAAUCAAGUCUUUGACAUUUUAGUUUCUGCUAUGAAGGAUUUGGCGAUUAAGUUUCAAGUUUCAUCGUUGCACAUAACCUUUUCGUCCGAACAUGAAUGGCAUGCAUUGAAGGACAAAGGUUUUCUACAGAGGACUGGUAUGCAGUAUCAUUGGAAAAAUCGCAACUACAAAAAUUUUGAUGAGUUCUUGAUGGACAUGAAGCAAAGUAAAAGAAAAAAUAUUCGGCAAGAGCGCAAGAAGAUACCUGCUCAAAAUCUUACAAUGAAACGGCUGCGAGGUUAUGAAAUUAAGGCCAAACACUGGGAUACGUUCUAUCAGUUCUACAGAAACACCACCGACAACAAGUGGGGUACUGCUUAUCUAACAAGAGAAUUUUUUCAUAUCAUGGGCUCAAAGAUGGGGGAUCACAUAAUGCUAAUUGUUGCCCAGGAAGGGGAUGAGCUUGUUGCAGGAGCUCUUAAUCUUAUCGGAGGAGAUACAAUCUAUGGGCGGCUAUGGGGAUGCCUACCACGAGUGUAUUAUCCAAGUUUGCAUUUUGAGGCAUGCUACUACCAGGCGAUAGAAGCUGCUAUUGAGCUGAAUCUGGACAAAGUAGAGGCAGGAGCACAAGGCGAGCACAAAAUUCAGCGGGGUUAUCUGCCCGUGACCACUUACAGCUCCCAUUAUUUACUAGAUGAAGGUUUUAGUCAAGUCAUUGGCAACUUCCUGUCCCGUGAAACAGAUCAGGUGAAGCUUGUUACAGAGCUCAUAAAGGAUUCUGGUCCUUUCAAAGAUGGGAUAAUAUAGGUAAGCAAUAUGAAACUAGAUUUAAUAUGUUGAAUCAGAAAUAGGACAACUAUAAGAAGUAAAUUCAAAGGUUAAAAGGGUAAAUGAACUUGAUGCAAUGUGCAAGUGUAAAUAAUACCUUAUUGUGUUACAUAUGUAGAUAGAUAAUGAAGUGUAUAUAUAAUGUAAUAUGGUGUAGCAUUUGAGACUAUGAUUAUAAAUACCUUCAAUUUUU